CCUCCCCUAGACUCUCCUUUCCCCCCCCGCCGGUGUCCCCCCGGGCCGCCCCUCCCGCGAUCCCCCCAUGGAGAACUUCCAGAAGGUGGAGAAGAUCGGGGAGGGCACCUACGGCGUGGUGUACAAGGCCCGGAACAAGGUGACAGGGGAGGUGGUGGCACUCAAGAAGAUCCGCCUGGACACGGAGACCGAGGGUGUCCCCAGCACGGCCAUCCGGGAGAUCUCCCUGCUCAAGGAGCUCAACCACCCCAACAUCGUCAAGCUCCUGGACGUGAUCCACACGGAGAACAAGCUCUACCUGGUCUUCGAGUUCCUGCACCAGGACCUGAAGAAGUUCAUGGACUCUUCGUCCCUCAGUGGCAUCGCUCUGCCCCUCAUCAAGAGUUACCUGUUCCAGCUGCUGCAGGGCCUGGCGUUCUGCCACGCCCACCGGGUGCUGCACCGCGACCUCAAACCGCAGAACCUGCUCAUCAACGCCGACGGCGCCAUCAAACUGGCCGACUUCGGGCUGGCCCGCGCCUUCGGGGUGCCCGUGCGCACCUACACCCACGAGGUGGUGACCCUGUGGUACCGAGCCCCCGAGAUCCUACUGGGCUGCAAGUACUACUCGACAGCCGUGGACAUCUGGAGCCUGGGCUGCAUCUUCGCUGAGAUGAUCACCCGCCGUGCCCUGUUCCCGGGGGACUCGGAGAUCGACCAACUCUUCCGAAUUUUCCGUACCCUGGGGACCCCCGACGAGGCUGCCUGGCCAGGGGUCUCGGCCAUGCCCGACUACAAGCCCAGCUUCCCGAAAUGGGCCCGGCAGGACUUCGGCAAAGUGGUGCCUCCACUGGACGAGGAGGGGCGGAAGCUGCUGGCGCAAAUGCUGCACUAUGACCCCAACAAGAGGAUCUCGGCCAAGGCGGCGCUGGGACACCCCUUUUUCCAGGAUGUCACCCGAGCAGUCCCUCACCUGCGCCUCUGAGAUAUCCCCCCACCCCAGGGGUUCCCCCAGAGCAGAGCCAGACCCCCCCCACCAGGACAGGAGGGGGGUCCCACAGCCCGUCUUGCUCUGUCCCCACCGCACCCAGGGCCCCCCCCAGACUCUUGGCACUUAAUGGUCCAUUUGGGGGGUCUCUGGGACCAGCACGGGGAGGGGGGGCUGAGAACCUUUGUGUCCCCCCCACCCUCCUCCCCCUUCUUGCUGUUCCCCAGC